AUGGCCCCCGCAGUGGAACUGCGCAGUCCUAACCACUGGACUGCCAGAGAAUUCCCAGUUCUUGUUGGCUUUGCUUAUCUCCGCAAGAGGGCACUCUCCGCAUCGCUCACCUCAUGGGAGGCCUUGGAGGUAACGGACCCGGAAGAACCCGGCAGGGGACACAUCCAGGAGCCACCGAGCGCAAUAGACAAGGGAGCUCCGCCCAGAGAACAAAAUCACAGACUUAACCAAGGAAUCUUUGCAGACCCUCUCCGCGCCCAGCCACGUCUCCUUGGCUUUCAACACGACUUGGAGAAAUCUACUGACUGCCCACACCUGCAGCCCUCUACCCGAGGGGGUUACUUUUGGUUUUGCUUUUGUGUUUUUCUGGCCGUAAGAACACAGGGGACAUGGUGGACGUGCAAGGGGGUUAAUGCCCCCAGAAACAGCCCUCAACCACUGUCGGAGGAUAAACUGCCCCCUUGGAUGGGAUUGCUGACCAGCGAGUGCAGAGACAGCACCCUGAUUUUGUUCCCUGCUGUAUCCUCGGCUUUUGGAACCUGUCCCAUGUCUAGGUCCAUCCAUCAACCAACAGAUCAUCGAUCUGCUGCCUCCGGGCACAUCAUAGCCUAA